AUGGGCAGUUAUCUGGGCAAGCCAGGACUCUCGCCGUCGUCCCCAGCCCAGGUGCGCACAGUCUUGAUGGAGAGGCCCAGGAACCACCAGCCAGCUCAGCCACUUCACCAAGUUCAUGGGGUUCAGUUCGUCCGCCGCGCUGAACCCGCCCCGCAACACAGACCUGUGAGUAGGCCGCCAAACUGGGACCCUGGCAAUCCACCCACGUGGCUGGUUAACGAGACUUGGAGGCACUUUCCUUCAGACUGGGGGAAAAGUUACUUAAAGCGAAGUAUUUUGUCUCUUCAGCACCCCAGGGCAAUUGGGAGCCCAGUAACCGUCAAAAUCACGCCUCCUGACCAGAGAGUGCCUCCUUCCAUUUCUCGGGCGGAUGUAGUCAACUCUGCAGGGCCGCCAUCCUCUGAGAAGGCCCCAGACCCGUGUGCAAAGGAGACAGUGCUGAGGGCCCUCAGAGAGUGCAGAAAGAGGAGAGUGAGGUUGGAAGAACCACUAUUCUCUGAGAGCCUGGUCAGUAAGAGUAAGAGUCCAGAGACCAGACUAUCGGCAUUUAAACCCCUGAUGAAAAAUGGAGCCCUCGCUUCUUUUGUGCCCAGGCCUGGGCCUCUGAAGAGAAGUCUCCACUCCCGGAGCUCAGACCACAGCUUGACUAAGAGGCCCAGUUGCUCCUCCAUGAGUUCCUUGGCCAGCAUACACACAGGUGGCCCCCUCAGUUCCAAAAGGAAUGCUAUUACCAGCUCUUACAGCUCUUCUAGAGAUUUCUCAGAGCCUUGGAAAAGAAGUGUUCUCAGUGCAUCAUGUCAGACACCAGAGUGGCCAAUAAAAAAGAAAGAAAACGGUCAAUCUCACUCUCCAGUCCCACUGGUAUUAGACAGUGAAUCCCCAGGAACAUCUGGAAGUUCUGGAAAGUAAAAUCAGAAGAUUUCGCUGCUGCUUUCUAGCCCUGGGAACUUGCUGUCUGUGACUCCACCUCCCCAACUUGGUUAUGCAGUCCCUGAUGAAGAUCUGACCUUCGGGGAGAAAGCUGGGUUACAGUGGAGCAACAAAGCCAGAAAGGAUACAACGGAGGCCACCACAGACCCUGUGCCUGAAACUUGGCCUGCUAUUCAGACUUCCCUGUCUCUCACUUGGCCUCCUUCAGGGACAGCUCUAGCCAAGAGUAUAAAUCCUCAGUUGGAAAGCUUAAAGAAAUUGAAGUCUCCAGGUCCACUAGCCUCCCCACAGUCUACUGGAGAGGCAACCAAUGUGGCCCAUUCACCUCUGAGGACACCCAGCCUACUGACCCCACAUGGGUGCUCACAGUCAGAGCUCCUUCCAGGCAUUUCUCCAGACUCAAAGCCCACAGCUACUUUCAUCCUGCUGACCACCACCUUCCCCACAUCAUUAGUCACUGACACCAUCUGGCCACCUUCAACCUCUCAGGCUGACAGGUUUGCCAUGCCCCCAGACUCACCUGCCAUUUCCCCUGUAGGACCCACCAUGCAAAGUACUUUGUUUGGAAUGAUGAGUAGCCUAACUUCUCGUCUUCCCGCAUCUGCACCUCCUGCUGCAACUUCUGUUCACCUCAUGUUAAAACCCAUUUUUGAGCCCCUGUACUAUAAUGAGAUUGGAGGCUCCUUAUAUUCUAGAAUUUCAGUCACAGCUGCAGCAUCUCCAAGCUCUUCCCUCUCCACAAGUUGGGGCAUUUUAACUCCUACCUUCAAGCCUAUCUUUGGCAGCAUAGGACCACUUGAAACUAUGCCCAUGAUAGCUCCUUUCUCCUCCAAGCAGGACUCUCCUCCAGUCACUCCUGCUUCUACCCAUCUCUUCCAUGGCCUGGUCAAGGCCACCUCUGUGGUCAUGUCUACCACCCUAGCCAGCACAUCCAAAGAUCCUGUUUUUAAGCCACCUUUGGAUUCUGGUGUAGUGAAUGUUAUCAGUACCAUGGGCAACACUUACUCUGUCCCUUCCACUUGCCACAUUUUCCUGCUUGGGGCUGCUUGGGCCUUCAGGGAUGGCUUCUCCCCAGCCACAGGCUUCAUUUUCCCACCACACCACCAUACUACCAUCCAUACUGUACACACAGUAACCAUCUUUACGGUUCUUUCCAGUGCUGUCCAAAUAUCCUCAAGAAGAAGCACUGCUAAUUUCAGGAGUAUGGGCAGCCAUCUGUCAACCUCAGCCUUUGUACACAAAAGCCGGCCUGUACUGUCACCCAGCAUCUCCAACCUGACCCCAGCAUUCACAGUUUCCUUGGGGUCCAACUCAAGGCCACCUAACCUACUAUCCCCAGGAGACACUUCCCAGCCUACAUUUGGGAACACAGAUGGACAGAAGCAAGAUGCCCCCCAGCCAGCUCUUGCCUCAAGCUUCCAUAGCUCUUUUCAUUUUGGGAAUUCAGCAGUGGUCCCAAGCCCAGUGCCAACUCGAGCUCAGCCAAUCUUUGGCAUCACUACCCAGUCAACCUCUGGGGGUUUGACAUCCUCAACCUCCACCUUUCACAUCCCUGCCAGUAUCCACCCAGACUUUGGCAGCACUUCUGCAGGUUUUCCCUUUGGUCAAGCUAGUACAACUGGCUUAGGAGUUGUCACCCAGAGGCCCUGAAGUGGGGCUUGUGGCUCAGUGCUUGGCAACAGCCCACAACAUUUUGCCUUUGGGAGAUUGGUAACCCCUAUGGACUGUGGGGAGCCCGGGAUCAGUGUGACUUCCCCAGACAUGAGCUCUGUGUCUGGAGCUUUCAGUGUUGGAGUAAUGCCAAUUGGGACUGCUAGUACCACAACCCUCUUUGAAAAAUACUGGAGCCAGAACACUCAGGGUCUGUCCAGCCAGAGCACUCCUUUUGUUUGGGGGAGGGUCAGCAUUUCUGCAAGAAAGAGUGUGUUUGGGACUCCCUCCAUGCCCUCCUUUCCUCAAAGGACCCCUGUUCCUGGACCAGUUAAGUCAGGCAGUGGUGUUGGUUUUGGGAUGCCCCCUCCACCUGCCCAGGGCUCUGUUGGAAGAAGACCUUUCAGAUCAUCAGUCCCUUCAUUUUGGACUGGUGCAAAAUCAGAAACCCCAAAGAAUCAGGAGCAAGGUCAUUCCUGAAGGCAUCAUACCCAUAGGAAAUAG